AUGAGGCCAAAGGUAGAUCCAAAGCGAUGGGCUUCUUCUGUGUGGUUUGAGGGCUCAGUUCCUAAGCAUGCUUUCAAUAUGUGGAUUACACACCUCGACAGAUUGCCAACUCGAUCGAGACUUGCCUGUUGGGGGAUUCCAACCUCAGUAGAUUGCUGUUUCUGUGGAAGGGAAACAGAGACAAUGGACCAUCUAUUUGUUCGGUGCAGAUUCAGCACUCAAAAUCUUGUCCUCCGCUCUUCUGAAAAUUGCUCCAACACCGGUUCAUUUCCAGUCUUGGCCAGAGAUCCUCUCUCGGACAAGUAA